UGUGGCCGGUGGGAGAUGCAGGUUAUUCGGGAAAGUCUGUGGCGAGUAGCGCAUGAGGCCCGGGAGCUGUAUUUGAAUGACUCCGUACCGUACCUCGACCAGCCCCCCACACCACUGGAAUUCCAACGAAACUGGUUGUGUCCCAACAAGCCCUUCAUCCUGAGAAAUGCUAUCAGUCACUGGCCAGCUGUCUCCAAAUGGACAGCCCCCUACCUGAGAGAGGUGGUUGGGAAGCACAGGGUGAGCGUGGCGGUGACCCCCAAUGGUUACGCUGAUGCCGUGUAUGAGGGUCGGUUCGUGAUGCCUGAGGAACGGCAAAUGCCAUUUAAUGACUUCCUGGACAUCAUCGAGAGGAAGCGGGCUGCGAGCGGUGUGUUUUACGUGCAGAAGCAGUGCUCAAACCUGACCGAGGAAUUCCCUCAGCUCCUGCAGGACAUAGAUCCCCACAUCACGUGGAUGAGUGAGGCGCUAGGGAAGAUGCCUGAUGCUGUAAAUUUCUGGCUGGGGGAGUCGACCGCAGUGACUUCCUUGCAUAAAGAUCACUAUGAGAACCUGUACUGCGUGGUUUCUGGAAAGAAGCACUUUAUCCUCCUCCCUCCCACUGACAGGCCCUUUAUCCCGUAUGAAUUCUUCCAGCCUGCAACAUAUAAGGUGAAUGAAGAUGGUUCUUUUGAUGUGGUAGAUGUACAGAAUGCAGAGAAGGUGCCCUGGAUUCCUCUUGACCCCUUGAAUCCUGAUCUCAGUCAUUAUCCUGAAUAUUCUCAUGCAAGGCCUCUCCACUGCACAGUGAGAGCAGGUGAAAUGCUGUACCUGCCUUCUCUAUGGUUCCAUCAUGUCCAGCAGUCACAUGGCUGCAUAGCAGUAAAUUUCUGGUAUGACAUGGACUACGACAUCAAGUACAAUUACUUCCAGUUCUUAGACUCCCUAGUUAAAACGAUGAAUGCUGUGUGAUUUAUCCUGUCAGGAAGAGAUAAAUCUGGAUCCAGAUUUCCUGAACACCGCCAUAUAAAUUCAGCAAAGACUCUGUAAACUGCAUCAAAAAUACUGUUCACGGACAAACUGGGCUUUUUACCACAUACCUGAUUAGUGUGGCCACUGUAAAUAAUACACAUUAGUUUUGAUGAGAUAGUGCCAUUUACCAAGAGGAAGUCAUUGUCAUACAUGUGGAAUUCACUUUUAAUCACUUCGUAAUUAAUAACAUGCUUGUAAAUCAGAAUCAAUGUUUCUAGACUAGACAAAAAUAGAAACUGCUGGAAAACCUCUGGUGGCAUCUGUGGAGAGAAAUCAGUGUUAACGCUGCACAUCCUAGUCACCCUUCUUCAGAGCUUCUUUUAGACCACACCAUGUAUUUAUAUGUUUCCGAAGCUGGAAUGAAUAAAUACAGUGGCAUUGAAUGAACUCAAAUCUGCAGCUUCCCAAAUGGAGAUCUGUGGCGUGGCUUUGAAGAUUGCGCAUUUGGACAUUUCAAGGCACUUUAUGUCAUUCUGGAUUACUAACCAAGUUCAUCAGGAGGUAGGCUAGUGAAGUGGUAAUUUGGCAUUUCUUCAAUAGUUUCUUGAAGCAUAAUCCUUAAUAGCAACUCACCAAUCAUCCUUCGACAGCACCUUCCAAGCCUGCCCAUACCAGCUAUAUGAUGUAUAGGAACACCACUGUGUUCAGAGUUUUCCUUCAAGCCAAACGUCAUCCUGCCUUAGAACUCGAUCACUGUUCCUUCACUGUCACUGGGACAACAUCUUGGAACUCCCUUCACAACAGUGUUGUGGGUGUAACUCCACCAGGUGCUCUGCAGUGAUUCAAGAAAGUGGCUCACCACUGCCUUCUAGAGGGCAAAUAAGUAUGGACAACAAAUGCCAUUGCCAUUCAAAACCCAUAAAAAAAAUACAAAAUUAUGGUUUUAAUGAAACAGUUGGACUAGUUAACUGAUAAUUAUUGGCGUCCUACCUGCAUGACCAUUCAGGCUACGUCUGCCUUCCAUGUCGGUUGUUAGUGCACCUUUCAGCACAAGGUGCCAGUAACCAGCAGCUCAGGAACACAAGGUCCAAGCUGUGUAACUACUAGUGUUUGUAGUGGUUAUGAGCACAGGCAAAAGGGUUUACUCUACUUCAUUAAUUGUAACAAACCGAGUAUAAAGAAUGGAGAACACUGAUCCAUCACUCCACUGUGAGGCUGAUAAACACAAUUUGAUUCGGGUAUUUUGGAAUAAACUGGAUGUUCCUGUAUCCCAACAUAAAUCAUGU